CUGUUCGACAGAAGAUUAUUUUUUAUAGAAAUAUCUUUGCUUUUUAUAUGCAAAUAUUCUGAUGAAUGAUUUGCUUUUUUGAGUUGGUACGAUUGGAAACCAACUUCAGUAUGAUUUUCGGUCGUCUACAUUACUCGCUCGGAUGAGCCACAAGUAGGAUUAUCCUUCGGUGUAGAUAGGGCAUCAAUGAUUACACGACUGUUUUGAUUUCUAUCAACAUCCUGUAGAUCAGAACAGUUUGAUAUAGUGUAGUAUAGUGAGUGUAACCAGUACGAGCGAGUAGUGUUGUGAAUUACCGGUUUCUUGUUUUUAUAUAAUAAAUACAAAUACGAAAAUUUGUAAACAAUGGCUACUUCUACUGAUGUUGCUACGAUAAGAGCACAGAGAUAUUUAAACGAACCGAUCGUAGAAAGAUGCAGACAUCUAGCUAUAUUGAUAAACGAAUCAAGCACAACAGAACUGCAGCUUGUUUUUCCUCUACUGAUAGACUCGUUAUUCGGAAUAGUAGAUAAUAUUGGAUGGUGUCUGCACAAUAUUACAAAACAGAAUCCAUUGGAAUUUGAAACAUUGUGCCAUUUCCUUAGCCCACAAGGAGCAAUGUUCUCUUUGUGCUACAAAUUACUUCCAGACUGUUACUUGAAAUACAACUUUCCAGUGUCAUAUCUUCCUUCAAAAAUACGUUCCAUGUUGGAGGAAGCAGUAAUAUCACCAUUUUAUCUGGAUAAAAUUAAAGAUGAUCAAGGAAUACGUGUUCCUUCAGCCUUAUCUAUGAAUCCCUUCGAGUACUAUAUUUUUCAUUUUGCGUAUCAUCUGACCAAUCCUUGGUUGCAACAGCAGGAGAAUAUAUGGGCAAAAUAUGAUACAGUUUAUUUUGAAUUAGCAAACUGUUAUUUGAAUCAUUUUCUUCCCAGAGAUAAUUCUACAGUUCUGCCAAUGAUUGGACCGUACAUAAAAAAAACUCCACCAAGAAAAUUAACGCAAUCACCUGAAUUUAGAAGAGAUUGUCAUAGAUUGCAAACUCCGAGACUUCUGAGAACGUCCAUAUUAUCACCAGGAUCAUCAAGUCCUGGAUCGAGCGUUCCGCAACAGCAGUGCUUACCACAAGUGUGGAGAAGCGAGACUGUAGUACAGGUUUUUCUUGAUUUUUGGUUGGAAUAUACGGAAAGCCAGCAAUUGACUCAAUUAAGUACAUCUUAUCUGACUUCCAUACCGCGGCGAGAUAGCAUACAUUCCGGGGAACAUAUACGUCUUGUAAGACAAUUUAUAAAAACGUUACAUGAAUUUACAAAUAGUGCUACAGGCGACAAGAGCGCGAUGGAUGAAUUAAAAAGAAUAAUUCUUCCUUCGGUUCAGGGAAAAAUAUAUACUUUUCUACGAAAAGCAAUAUAUCACUGGCCAUUAGAUGGCUCAUUUAGAUUAGUAUUGGAGGCUUGGUUGAGUUUUAUUCAACCAUGGAGAUAUACUCCGGGAAUAAUGUACACUAACGAAGGUAAAAUAGAAGAAGAAGAAAGAGGCAAAAUCUACGACACCAACAGAUGGAUUUCUUUUGUCGCUAAUAAUCUGUUAGCGUACACGGCUGUAUUUCAACAACUGCUUCCACGUUUCAUGAGGACUGAUCUAGUAGCGCCUAAGAAUGCGACAAUGUUAUACAGAGUUACAAAAGUAUUUUCGCAACUGCAUUUAGCAAGAAUGAUAUGCGAAGUGGAGAGCUGUAUAGACGAUGUAGGUUUAAGCAAAGGUCGACUAACUACCAAUCAGUGGACAUCGGUUGUUCGACAACAGAUUCUCGAAUUAGAAGGACCGACUUAUCAAUAUGUACCUAUGUUUUCUCCAGCCAUCACUUCACAGGUCGUAUGGUUUUUGAGCACUAUUAAACAGGCGCAUUUGACGGCGACGAGUUUGGUCGAAGCUCUAGAAAACAGAAGAAAGGGAAAGCGCUUUCUAUUAUCACUAUGGGAAUAUUUUAAUAGCGAGAGCUCUUCGGAUGAUAUCAAUAUAGAAGAACGACGACGCGUUCCUUAUUAUUUGGCCACCGCCCAACAGCAAUUGAUAGAUAUAUUUCAAAUCAAACUCGAAGACAUUCCGCAAGUUGCUAUAGUGGCGGAUCAAGAAUAUCAUGAUAGUAUUUUGUCUACUUCUUUCUGUCACCAAUCACAGAUGGAGUCUAGUUUUGACACCAGUAAACCAGGUACUUUUGUACCACUACAAGAAGGUAGACAAACGUGUCGAUAUAUCGAAUAUAUGGGCGAUCCGGAGUUGCAGCCGGUGCGAACGAAUGAAUGUGGUUUUCUUGUUAGAAACUUUUACAAGUUAUGCUGUUAUAUCAAUCUUAAGUAUCGAUAUGAGAUAAUCGCGUUGUACAACAGACGAAAUUUCUUGGGUAGUAUAAGUCGGCAAUUCUUGGUGCCUCCUACCACGGUCGUGAAAUUACCCAAGCGAACUCCAACUGGAUUUACUAGUGGCUACGAGGAACGAUUGCCAGCGCGAUUAAGUCUACGACCUUUAGCCAAUUACACCUUCCUUUUGAGUGUGCUAUUCGGUAUACUUAUCGCGUGGCUUACAAAUUACAGCCCCUUCACGUUCUUGGGAUUUGCAUUUUGGGUGUGGAUUAUGUACAUAAUUAUACGUGCAGCGUUGCAACAUUGUUUUCCAUCUAGCACAAACACUUUUAGACCAAACGUGAGCACAUUUCCCAUUAACCGAUGAUAUUUUCGACUUUAAGAUGACGAUUAUAAUUCUCUGUAAUCAGUGUGUUAAACAAAACAUACUUACAGAUAAUGAAAAACGAUUUUGGAUACAGGUUUUUGUAAAAGCUAUGAAUAUAUAUAUAUAUAUAUAUAUAUGAAUAUAUACUAUUAUAA